UCUACUCUUACUGUAAAGUACUUGACACCGGCGUUAUCGUCACGCUGCAAUGUUAUGUGUGUCAACCACUGAACUCUGCUACAUCACAUUGACGUCUAGAUAGACGGAUAGAUGUGUAGGUGUUUGUUUUAGUUCGGAUGCUACGUUACUGUCCUCAGCCACACCGAGUUUUGAGCAGUGAACCGUGUCUUUCUAUCCUGUCUGAGCACUGCGCUUCUUGAAUGGCAGACUUGGAGAUGCCAGCCAGGACACAUGGAGCUGGAGUCUUCCUAGAACUGAGGAAAAGGCUUCAGAGCGGACUACUUAUUGUCGGGAAAGACGUGGCCAAAAGUCCUGCAGAUGUGGUCGUUACAGGUGGAGAUUCUUCUCUUCAGGUUCGGACUCCCAGGGGCGAGCUGAGCAUCACUUUGCCAGAAGGAGUCACCUUUGAGCAGGGGUCCUGCAUUCCCACACCUGCAGGGGAAUCCUGCGGGGAGGAGCUGCAUUUCAGACUGCGCAUUAGUGUCACACGAAGCACCAAUGAAGAGGCUUCUGACAGGGUGAUGGAGACACUCCGGGCAAAGGAGACUUAUUGCUUCUACUGCCAAGGCUGCAUGACCAGGCUGCUCGAGGACAGAGUGUUUAAGCGAGUUCUUCCUCUCCCUAAUGGCAACUGGAACACCAUCGUGGACGACUGGUGUUGCCACCCAGAUCCGUUUGCCAAGAAGCUGCUACCCCGAGCAGAGGAUUGUUUACUGGGUGACACCUUCCUUCUCUUACCCAGAGAUGGCAGCUGUGAACAGACUCUCACAGACGAAGUGAGCCCUGUUGGCUCAGAGGACAGUCAAGAUCCAAAGAAAACCUGCCGCAGACUGGCACUCAUCUCCUGCAAGAGCUGUUCGUUAGUACUGGGAGAGGCUGUCACACCAGAGACCCUGAAGCUGUACAUCACACAGGUGGUGGUGGAGCCGGCUGUGGGAGACAGAAAGCCAGAAGCUUCACUUAACAGAUCUGUCUUCCUGGAGAGGGUUAUAGCAGCCAGGCUGCUGGAGCUGUCCAACUCACUGAGCAGCUUCCACUUCUCUGUCCAGACUCCUGAUGGAAAAGCCUUCUUGUUGCUCUGGCUGCUGAACAGCGACUCCAUCACAGCGUCAGUCCCAGAGAUGUGUGUCGGGGGCGAGAGGUCCAUCGGCUCCCCCGCUCUUCACAGUCCAUCACCCAGAGCUGCCAGAGCUCUCAAACUCCUCUACACCGCCUGCUUUCACGAAGGCACCCAGCAGAGAGACAUUGUAACUAGUUGGGAGGUCAACGCUAUAGGACAUCCUGUGGUGCUGCCGCUGAAGGUGUGUGAGGAGCUGCUGCAGGUGAUAGAUGACAGCAACUCUACACUCCCUGUGUCUAUGCGCCGCAUGAGGUCCUAUGAGGUGGCCUACCUGAGACUGUAAGGUCAGAUGCCAGGAGAUCAAGACUUCACUCGUCACUCUUGGUAGAGAGUUCAAGAGGACCUGGGACAGCUGAGAGAGGAACCUUUAAACAUGUACAUGUGCUGUAUGUCUGUAUGUGUCAAUGUAACAUCCUCCACAGAUUUCCAAUAGGUAUAAGAAUGAAGAUUACUGCUGGAGGAAAUGCAGGAAGUGUGGAAUGGCUUGUUUAAGUCAAGCUGUGGUUUGGCAGUGUGUCAUCACCUGCAAACCAACUCAUGUUGAAACAGGAUGCUGCCAGGUUACUAAAUGUUAACGCAGAUCCAGUAAAUGUAAAACUGGAAGAGAUCAACAACAUCAGAAUUAUUUUUGAUAGAAUAGAUCGUUACAUCUCGUUUAUCAUUUUAUCUUUGUUCACUUCUAAACUUUAUUUUGUAUUUUUCCAGCCAUCUUUGCCAAAACAAAAA